AGACUUCACAAUUACCACAUCGUCUUCAGCCUUUGACGCACAAACAUAAAAUGAGCUAUCGGUCUCAAUUACUUCACUUUUCUCUACUCCACCAAUUGUGCUGGUGCCACAUACUUCCUGCGAGGUGAUUUUGGGGGCCGGUCGUUCAAAAGAACACAUUUAUAUUUCCUCUUCCUCUAGUUUAAGUGUCCAAUUAUUAAUAGACCAGAAAGUAGGUCAGAGCUCCGCCAAUAAGUAAUUAUAAAUCGCACUUUUUUAAGGGUAUCAGUUACAAGGACGUUCAUAUAAAGACGCAAUGUCUGAAGGAUUCGAAAAACUGUCAAUUCCUGUGAAACUGCUGACGGCUGGAUCCGCAGCAUGUUUCGCAGAUUUCAUUUCAUUUCCGCUGGACACGGCAAAAGUCCGUUUGCAAAUCCAAGGUCAAGAAGGACAAUCUUUGCGGCAACUACGAGCCCACACUGGAGAGCUGUAUGCAUUUUCAGACCCUGCCCACUACCGAGGCAUUCUCGGCACGAUAUCAACAAUAUCUCGAGAAGAAGGUUUCAGGAGUUUGUACAAUGGACUUAAUGCAGGGCUUCAGAGACAAAUGUGCUUUGCUUCUGUUCGAUUGGGGAUGUACGAACCUGUGAAAACCAAAUAUCAAAAAUGGUUAAAUGUGGGAGAAAGUAAAGGGGGAGUGGUGGAUGUCACGGCUCGUAUCAUGGCAGGACUUACGACGGGGGCAAUGGCUGUGAUGGUUGCACAACCAACUGACAUUGUCAAGGUUAGAUUUCAAGCCCAGGUUAAACCCGAUAUUCAGCUCUGCCCACCUGCUCAACAUGGCACCUGGAAGACUUAUAAAACUAUUUUUAGUCAAGAAGGAUUGGCUGGACUUUGGCGAGGAGCACUCCCUAACAUGGGUCGUAAUGCAAUUGUAAACGUGGCAGAAAUUGUAUGCUAUGACGUGGUCAAGGAGAAAAUAAUUAAGUCAGGACUGCUCGAUGACAAUAUUCCAUGCCAUUUUACUUCUGCCGUUAUUUCUGGAUUUUGCGCUACCUUAUGCGCAUCGCCGAUUGAUGUGAUAAAAACUCGGUAUAUGAACUCUGCCCCUGGAACCUACAAGGGAGCAAUUGACUGUGGAAUUCAGACCGUUAUGCGAGAAGGACCUGCUGCAUUUUACAAAGGGUUUAUACCUUCUUUUUCGAGAUUAGUAUCAUGGAAUAUUGUCAUGUGGGUAACCUUUGAGCAAAUUAAGAUUCUAGUUGUGCAGAAUUAUCCGAAGAAAGACGAGUAAAUUCUAGUCAGAUUUCGGUACCUAUUCGAUUUAAAUGGACACUUGUUAGUUACAAACGGAUGACAGUGACUCGAACUCGGAUUUCUUUUUUUAUAACUUUAAGAAAGUAACUAAUAUAUUUUGUACUGAGUGAGUGCGUGUAUUUUUUGUCUUUGUCAAUUAAUCUUAAAAUUCUACUGAUCUGCUUCCAGAUUUCCAAUUUAUGUUCUCAUUAAAGCUGAGUUUAUUUUCAAAUAUCUAAAUAAAAUAAAUCUCAUUCGCAAAAAACUGAA